GAUGGUUUGACACCUCUAGUCUGGUCGCAGAACGGGGAAAUUCCGUCUUUCCUUUUGAUAAAGCUCGCUAAUUUGUAAAAAAUAAAAGAAGAUGCCGCCGAAAAAAAUAGCCAACGGUCCUGUUCAGCUGCCGGCUUCCGUGGCAAAAAAAGGACAAAAUCAUUGCGUACUCUGCGCAGUCGUGGCGGAGCGUGUCUGUCAGCGUUGUGGGGACUUUUACUGCUCGAAAGAGUGCCAGAUAAUGGACUGGCAGCGCCACCGCUACAUUUGCUUUCCGAUGCCGGCUUUGGUUAUGCCCAGGGCGUUUUCCAUUCUCCAAUGCCAGGAGGAGGAGCUGGCGCUGGACAUUGCAAGUGUAUCCAAGGCCGAUUCGAUUAAAGUGGCUGCAGCCGCCCCUAUCCCUGGUAAUAGCAAUAGCAGCAAUAAGGUUAGCAGCAGCACUAGCACCGCCAGCAGCUGCAGCACCACUCCAACUAUAGGUGGUAUUGCCGCUCAGAUGGCUGCAGCAGACUCCAAAAUCAGCAACCCGAGCCGGAGCCCGAGCACAAGCAGCGUCCUCUCGAACAACACCGCCAGCAUUAAAAUGAAAAAUAAAAUCACGACCCUGCCGACUGUGGUUAUACCGCCCAGCAAUAGUGUGGUCAUCAUCAGUGGAUUUCGUUCUGCGAAUCGUUGCUUUCUUCGUAGCGAAUCCGCUGAUCAAGCGUAUUCCCAAGUAUGCGAGAAGGUCAAUGCGCUGGGCAACGAGAUGCCGAAAGUAAAGAAUCUAAGAAUACAUGGCUUCGUCUUGGCCCUCCACAAUGGUGCAUUCCAGCGGGCCAAGGUUCUGCAGAUACGCCCGAAUAAAAUUGCCAGUCUGCUGUUCGUGGAUCAGGGCAUAGUCAAGUUGCGCGAGGUGGAGUCCAUGCGCGAAAUAAGCGACGAGCUGCUCGCUCUUCCGAGCUUCUGUUUUCUGGUGCAACUCAAGGGCGUGGCCAAUUAUGCCAUAAGCAACGAUAUCCUCGCCUUUCUCUCACAGUUCGAUGGUGAAAAAUUCAUCAUGCACCACGACUCUUUCAGCAAGAAUAACACAAUCACUGUGGAGCUUUUCAAUGUGAAAACGCAAAAGUCCCUGAGUGAGAUGGUUCGGGAAUUUUGCUCCACGAAGAAGGUGUACGAUGGCAAGAAUGUAAACCCAAAGGUGGAGAAGAUUGAGAGUGGUGCUCCGGCAGCGGCGAAGCCUCGAGAGGAAAGCCCGACUGUGGAAGCAAAGGUUUAUGCCCUUCCGCCCACAGUGGCGUUGCCUGCAGAACCAUUGAAGCAGCCAGAGACAAAGAGCGAACCGAUCAUAGAUCUGAAGCCAACUGAGUCAUCUGUCGCGCCUGCAAAGGAAGAGCUAAAAGUAGAGCCAAAAUCCGUUGAAGUACUCCAAUCAGAAUUAAGUGCUUCAGCUGCAACAGCAGACACAAAAAUUGAUGUACUCCCCCCAGCUGGAACAGCAGAAGUCCUCAAACCCAUUGGGGCUUCGGGGAUCCCAGCCACUAAAGUCAAUGGAGCUGAAGAGGCCAACAAUGAACCGAUUCUAGAACCACCGUUUGAUAUGAAGCGUUUGAGUGUUAGUGACAAGGCGGGAAUCGAUUUAUACAUUGUGGAUAAUUCAAAAAUCGCUCGUGGCAUGUUUGGGGCCUUUGAUCGUGUCUGUGCCAGUGAUUUUGGACGUUUGAAUACAGCCAUAUCAAAGAUCAGCCCAUCGAAGCCUUAUAAGCCAGUUCUGAAGGAAUAUGUUUUGGCCAAAUUUGAAAACAGUUUGUAUCGUGCAAAAGUGGAACAGAUCAAGCAGAUGCCACAGACAGCGCAGACAGUUUACCGCAUGACAUACCUGGACUACACGAACAUCGAAGAUGUAACCGAGCAGGAUAUAUGCCGAUAUCCGUUGGAUAUUAAUUUUCCUUGCAUUACCAGCAUUUGCAUGAUUGAAGAUUUCCCCCAUAAGCCGAAUGCCGAGCAGAUUGCGUACUUGUCUGAGGUCCUAAAAGUACACGAAAUCAUUCACGUUGAUGCCGUUUCCUAUAUGAAGAAUGUGGCUUGGAUCAAGUGCAGUGAGUUGAUAAAAAAACUAGAGAAAAUGUAGGGGACUACCCUACAAAAUUUCAAAUGCCAAAUUUUCUCAGACUAAAACAACUCAUAUUCAGAAUCAUUUUAAAAAACAUUUAUAUAUAAAUAAAAUUGCAUUAAAAUAACAAC